AUGGGGACGUUCGGGUCUCAGACCAGUACCUAUAAUAGGCUGGUCACUAUAUUUGUUGCCGUUGGUUCCAUGACAUACGGUUACUGCUCUUCAAUUAUCUCAAGCACGAUCGGUCAGCCAGGAUGGUUUACAUACUUCAAUCUUCCUCAGGAGGGCGAGCCGGGAUAUGCCUCAAUAACGACCCCUGCUAUAUCUACAGCGAAUGGCGUCUUCAGUGCUGGAGGUGCGGUUGGGACGCUCUUCAUAAUGUGGUCGUGUGAUUAUUUUGGUCGGAAACUUAAUAUCCAGUUGGGGGCUUUCUUCUCGAUGUUCGGAGGAGCACUUCAAGGAGGUUCUAAUUCACUCAAGUACGCCUUGAUUUACCCCCCACCACUCUACUGCACAUGCCCUUGGCUAACUCUACCUAGAAUGUUUCAAGCUGGGCGAUUUGUCUGCGGCCUCGGAAUUGGUAUCCUUGUGACUGUGUGUCCAAUGUACCUUUCCGAGAUGUCUAGUGCCUUCCGUCGUGGUUGGCUUGUUGGCCAUCAUGCCAUCUUUCUCGUUUUCGGUUACAUGCUUGCCGGCUGGGUAGGCUAUGCCUGCUACUUUGCUGAAAAUAAGAUCGGUACAUUUGGCUGGCGGUUCCCACUUUGUCUACAGUGCUUGCCACCUCUCGUCCUGCUGCUAGGAUCGCCUUGGCUCCCUCGCUCUCCACGUUGGCUGAUCAGUAAGGGAAAGCAUGAGGAAGCUAAACUGGUCCUUGAGCGACUUCGCAGAUCCCCAGACGAUCCUAACAACCUGGUUGCUAAGGAAGAAUACUUCCAAACUGCCGAGCAGAUCCGUCUUGAAGGGGAGCGACUGUCUGCCUAUGGAAAUGUGUGGAACGCAGUUUUGAAGAAGAAGUCGUACAGGAAGCGUAUGGCUAUCGGCUUUCUGACCCAAUGGGGAGCUGAAUUCGGCGGACCUCUGAUCAUCAACAACUAUGCCGUUCUUCUAUACACCAACCUUGGAGAAACCGGCGGAAUGCCACUGCUCCUCAGUGCGGUCUGGCUGACAACUGCUGGUGUCAUUUACAACCCUCUUGGUGCCUGGCUUCACGACAAGGUCAAUUCUCGUCGAAAAAUGUACAUUACAGGUUUUGUCGGGAUUAUUGUUACCACAUCUUGCUUGGCUGCCAUGACCGCACAAUACGCGGGCACCACGAACCGGGUUGGUAACGGGUUUGGCAUUCUGUUUAUGUACCUUUACCUUGCAUUCCAAGGAACUUUCUGUGAUACAACGAUGUAUCUCUAUGUGUCUGAGAUUUUCCCUACUGAGAUUCGCCCGAUUGGCAUGGGAUUCUCCCUAUUUGGACAGUUCGCCGGUAAGAAACUGUUCUGA